AUGAACUUCCCGAUACCAGGCCUGGGCCUGGACCAGAGGAAGCUGGAUAGUGUGCGCGCCGUCCCAGACUCGGAGGAGGCAGAGGAGGGGGAGGAGGGCCAACUGCUGGAGCCCCAGGCCUGGAGGACCUACGUGGAGCGCCGGACAGCACUACGCGAGUUCCUGACCUCCGACCUCAGCCCACACCUGCUCAAGCGCCACCACGCCCGCGUGGAGCUGCUGCAGAAGUGCUCCUACUACCUGGAGGUCCUGCCCAAGCACCUGGCUCUGGGCGACCAGAACCCGCUGGCGCUGCCCAACACCAUGCUGCAGUUUGUCGACCCCUGGAAGUUCCAGCGCAUGAAGAGGGUGGGCACCGCGCAGACCAAGAUCCAGCUCCUGCUGCUCGGAGACCUGCUGGAGCAGCUGGACCGUGGCCGCGCCCAGCUGGACACCCUGCUCGAGUCACCCGACCCAAGGCCCUUCCUGGCCGGCUGGGGACACGUGGAGCGACGGCUGUCAGAGCUGGCCGCUGUCAUGGACAACUUCCUGGCCAUGAUGGUGCCGGGCCGGCUGCACAUUAAGCACCGGCUGGUGACGGACAUCGGUGCCACCAAGGUCCCUCACAUCCGGCUCAUGCUGAGCACCAAGAUGCCCGUCAUGUUUGACCGUAAGGAGUCCAUAGCCCACCAGGACUGGGUCAGCCUGCGCUGGUUUGUCACCGUCCAGCCAGCCGCACCCGAGCAGUUCGAGCUGCGCUUCAAGCUCCUGGAGCCGAGGACCCAGCAGGAGUGCACGCAGUGUGGCCUCAUCCCCGUGGCUGCCUGCGCCUUUGAUGUCCACAACCUGCUGCCCAACCGUGCCUACAAGUUCACUAUCAAGAGGGCGGAAAGCUACAUGCUGGUAUAUGAGCCCUGGCGGGACAGCCUGACCCUGCACACCAAGCCGGCCCCCACCGAGGGGGCCGUCCCCUGCCGCUGGGGCCUACCCAUCCCACCCCCAACCGCCCCCUCUGACAGAUGA